UUAACAUGCUUGCCAUGAGUCUUGCAAGGAAUUACGAGUUGGCCGCUUGUCAACUUUGACGACUCUAUAAGUCAGGUGUUCAGUAUGCUACUUUUCAGAUACUAAUUCUUAUAAAAUGACCGUAUCUUUGAUAUCAGCAACCAGAAAAGUGUUAACAGGUCACGUAUACAGUCACUUUGGAAUAGUUAGCAGGACAUCUUAUAUCUACAAACAGAUAUAUAUGCAGUAACGAGGGAAUUGUGAGCAGGACAACUGCGAGGGAAUAAAUGACAGGACAAUUUCUUUCUCCAUACCGAUAGGCAUUAACAGAAGGAUGGUAUUGAAACCUACUGAACAUACUUCGGUGAGUUGACCGGUGUUUUCUGAAGACCUGCACACAAUCAAGUCUAUAUUGAAGAUACGUACGUAGUUACAGGACGAUUAAUAGGAAAGAGAUUAACAUAUGGUAUCGAGACAUUUCGAAACGUGACACCACGAGAUUUAGAACGUUUUCAAUAUGACUGAAAAAUAUCUUGCAAUCGUCAAGGAACACUUUGAACACAUCAAAUGGGGAUUGCCAUGUCCACUUACAGAACGAGAGAUAUAUGAAGUUCGUCAGACAGUCGAAUCACGUUUCAAUAUAAAUCAGGACAACAUCUCACCAAGACUGGCACAGAUCCUAGACGACCAACACGGCACCGAGGAAAUAGUGAAUAAUAGGAGAAAGGAGUUAUUUGUUGAUCAUUAUACACAACGCGAUGAUUGUGAUCACUCCGUCCUUGGUGGGAGUAGUGGAGACGGGUUUGCAAUGAAGUUUUCUGAUUUUGAUCAAAUGGAAAUUAAGAACACAGUUGUGGUAACAUACCCUGAUCAGAUACACCUCCUCCCGCAACACAGCGCAGCCAAGACCAUCCUUUUGAUGAGACCAGAUGGUUGCGGACCUGGAUACGUAAAACUCCAAAUAGCUCAAAUUGCGAGUGGAGAGGGAACGGUAGAUAUAUUUCAGAAUGCGAUUAUUCCUGUUAGAAAUUUGCUGUUUUUGUCUAGUGAUUUGUAUAGACAGGGAUAUGUUGAUUUCUUUAAUGCUUUCACCCCUGAAGUUCAUGUCUCAAAUGGACCCUGCUAUACAUGCGCUCAUCAUGGUCAUAGUCAUGAUAUUGCAAAUGCAUUUACGUGUGUGUGUUGGCCAAGAGACGCUAAUGAAUGGAUUCACAGAACUCGUCUGCAUGGAUGGCCUACACAAACAAUGGUUCAUAGGAUUGUUCAAGCUGGGUGUCAUCUCGUACCAGUUGGCGAUAAAUGUUCCACAGACACAUUACUACAAUGGAGAAUUUCUUUUGCUUGUGCAGAGCAGCUGUUGAUUCAUUCUCUCACACACUCCCAGUUCAGGGUGUAUGGGUUACUGAAAUAUUUUCUUUUUCAGAUCAAGGAGUUGUUGGAACACAUUAUCGGGGAUGAUGACAUUCUUUGUUCAUACUUCCUAAAAACUGUUAUCUUUUAUGCUGUUGAAAAUUCUCCACAUUUGCUAUGGAACGGAAAUCACACAUUCGUUUGUUUCCGAUUUUGUCUUUCAAUUUUGAUUGCAUGGGUGAAAUCGGGUUACUGUCCAAACUAUUUCAUUCGAGGCAACAACAUGUUUUUGAGGAAAGGUCAUGGUGAAGCACGUCAAAAGCUCUUACAUUUACUUAUAGAUCUCUAUAAUUUGAAUUGGAUGUGCUUGUCAGUGGAAUCUAAUUUUGAAGCUUACAUAGGGUGUUACGUACAGAACGGCUCGCUGCUAUCGAAAUUGCGAUCAGAAUGUGUGAGGGAUGUUUCUUUAUUUAUAGAACCUAAACGCUUAAGGAACCAUCAUAUAGGAAACAGUCUUUACAAAACACUUGAAUGUCUCUACGCGGCUCGCACAGAUAUCGAUAUAUUUAUUGCAUACCGCGCCGUAGUAAGACAUCUUUAUUCUACAGUUGUUAAUUUACUGAAUGAAUACAACAACGCCAGGGGCAACAAACAGAAGUUUAUCAUCUUGAAAAAAUGUAGCACUAUGACCAAGCUAUUUAAGCAGGUAUCAAUGUGUAUACCUUUAGCUUCAUUCUAUUAUCUCACUGGAAAUUACAGUAAAACAUUGCGUGUAUGCAGAGAAAUGAUGUCGAGUUUUAGACUUUUCGUUGGUAGGGGAGUUUUGGUUAAUGAUGACCGAUAUUUUGAACCAUAUGAACGACUGUACUGUGGGAAAGAAUACACAAUGUGGCAUAAAUUGAAGGAAGGCGUCUAUUUUUUUUUUACAUUUUGUCAAGAAAAUAUUAUCCUGUGUCCAUCUCAUUUACACAUGGAAGUCAUUAGAAGUUUUGAAGUAGAUAUUCCACCACUGCCAUACGCAAUAUUCCUGUCUUUCCUGUGCUACCACGAACUUGGUGACUUGAGGAGACGUGACACGGAGCUAGUAAACUUGCGGGCGGCGAACUAUGACCCUUAUCAAGGGGGACACGACUACUGGAUAGUUCACACAAUGCUUGGGAUCUGUUACCAAACAGUCGGAGACAAGCGCAGGGCGAUCAGGUCGUUUACAGAUUCUUUACGUGUGAAACCUGAUGGUAACCCUGCUAAAGAAAGGAUAGAGGCUCUGCGGAGUUCGCGAUAGAAACAUUGUGAUAAAUAGAGAAAUGUAAUCUGCAAAAAAAAAAAAAAAAAAUGAAAGGGCAACAUAUGAACGCCUGAUUUAAAUGAAAAGAAGGUGUGUUCAGUUAUUUAUUUAUGAACAUUGUAAAUUAAUCUAGAAAGUAAUUUCCUACCUAAAUAUGUUCAACUCCAUAUCCCCAAGGCUAUUUCACCAUGUCUGAAACGCUUACCAUGUACUUCGAGUAUUCGGAAUAUCUUGGGAGUUUUCGUUCUUUCAUUUAUGUGUAGAUAUGUGCAUUUUGUACUGAUAGAGAAAAAUAAUUGUUGUGUAACACAAGAGAAUAUUGUGUGUGCUUUUAUAUAUUAGUUGUUGUUUAUUCUUGCAUACUUAAUAUCGAUUGUGUAUUUGUAGUGAAACAUGAUGUGUUAUGUACGUCUAGAGAAACAUUAUGUGUUGUGUACGUCUAGAGAAACGUGAUAUGUUAUGUACGUCUAGAGAAACGUGGUAUGUUAUGCACGCCUAGAGAAACGUAAUGUGUUAUGUACGUCAAGAGAAACGUGAUGUGUUAUGUACGUCUAGAGAAACAUGAUGUGUUAUGUACGUCUAGAGAAACGUGAUAUGUUAUGCACGCCUAGAGAAACGUGAUGUUUUAUGUACGUCAAGAGAAACGUGAUGUGUUAUGUACGUCUAGAGAAACGUGAUGUGUUAUGUACGUCUAGAGAAACGUGAUAUGUUAUGUACGUCUAGAGAAACGUGAUAUGUUAUGUACGUCUAGAGAAACGUGAUGUGUUAUGUACGUCUAGAGAAACGUGAUGUGUUAUGUACGUCUAGAGAAACGUGAUGUGUUAUGUACGUCUAGAGAAACGUGAUGUGUUAUGUACGUCUAGAGAAACGUGAUGUGUUAUGUACGUCUAGAGAAACGUGAUAUGUUAUGUACGUCUAGAGAAACGUGAUAUGUUAUGUACGUCUAGAGAAACGUGAUGUGUUAUGUACGUCUAGAGAAACGUGAUGUGUUAUGUACGUCUAGAGAAACGUGAUGUGUUAUGUACGUCUAGAGAAACGUGAUGUGUUAUGUACGU